UGCCUUACAUCGUAGGCGAGUAUUCUUUGAAUCUUCGCAAUCAUGAAUUUUGUGGGAAUAUUUUUUCUCCUGGUGUUGGUUGCUUGUGUUGCAGAUGCCAAAUAUGAAGGUUACCAAGUAUGGCGGAUAACACCAGUAACCGAGCAACAUCUUGAAUUGCUGAGUGACCUUGAACGGACUAGAGGUGAAGAGUUUGAUUUCUGGACCCCUGUCCUUAAAAUACGAAAUCACCCUGUCGAUGUAAUGGUACGACCCGAGCUCCAGGCCCCUCUGCGCAUGCUCUUGAAGCAUAAGGGGCUGGGUUUCGAUGUCAAUAUAGAUGACGUCAGCGUACUUGUGUCCAAUCAGAUGUCAGAAAUAUCAGAAAGGCGGGAAAGAGAGCGAUUGAGUGGGACUGCGUUGAGUACCUUCGACUAUAACGUCUAUCAUCCUUACAACGAGAUUCAGCAAUGGGUUGAUGACAUAGCUAGUGAAUAUAGUCAUAUCGUCACACCGUUCCUACUUGGAGACUCGUACGAAGGACGACCCAUUAAAGGAAUCAAGAUUCGAGGAACUGGAAGCCAGUCUGCUAACCCACCAGCUGUCUGGUUUGAGGGCGGUAUUCACGCUCGAGAAUGGGUCUCACCCGCUACUGUCAUGGGAUUCACUCAAAAGCUUCUGGACGAGUACGACAACGGUGACGACCUAGCUGUCAAAAUGUUCGACAACCUAGACUGGUACAUCGUCCCAUCUCUGAACGUUGACGGAUAUAGCCACACUUGGUUAUCGGAUCGAAUGUGGCGCAAGACCCGGUCAUCAAACCUUGCCUCACCUUGCACUGGUACGGACCCAAACAGAAACUGGCCCUACGAAUGGGGAGGUGUCGGGGCCAGCGCAUGGGAAUGCUCCGAAACCUACCGCGGCUCAAAUGCUCUCUCCGAGAUCGAAGUCGAACACGCCGUCAGUUUCUUACGGGGGAAGAAGGCCGAUGGGCAAGACUUCAUGGUGUUCAUCGACUUCCACAGUUACUCUGAGGUCAUCAUUGCACCUUGGUCGUACCUCGACUCUAAUCCUCGCACCGAAGACUUUGACGACCAGAUGGUUUUGGCGUCGGCUAUGCAGACCGCCAUGAUGGAUGUGCAUGGUGUCGAGUAUAAGUAUGGGGCCGGUGCCGAGAUAUUAUAUGCCUGCUCGGGUGUGACCAGUGACUGGGGUUAUGCCGCCUUUUCCCGAUUCGGAGACGACACCCAAGGAGGACUGGGGGCCAAGUAUUCCUACACCGUGGAGCUCCGUGACACGGGCGAGUACGGGUUCCUGCUCCCCGAGAACCAGAUUCAGCCCACCUACGAAGAGAACCACGCUGCCGUGCGCGCUAUAGGGGCCCAUGUCCUGCGCGAGCUCGGAGUCACUGUUUAAUAAACGUUUAGUAACAUCUUUAAGCCAACUACAUUGUCAAAAAUAUCUAUCGAAAUAUGAAAGAAUUUGCUCAAGUUUGAUCAGGAAAGGUCUUGCUAGGGACACAUAUCAGAAUUUAUUAACAUGAAUGGUUUCUCUUAAAUUGAGUCUCUGACGUUAUUCAAUUCAUCGUAAAUAUUCAUUGUAAUGAGUUUAGUUAAAUUGACGAGUUUUGGGUUAAGAAAAAUGUUAAUAGCUGUUCCUUUGAAAUAAAUGAAUCGGUUGUCAGGAAAGUGCAUUAUAUAGGCUUUAUUAUAUAGCAGGCUU